UAUAAAAACAAAUAAACGUCAAAACUUUAAAAAGUUUUUAAUUUUAUUUUUAUCAAUUCGGUGUUUUAACCAUGUCCUCACUAGCUGCAUUAAAACUAACAAAAUGUAUAAGAUUAAGUAAAACUCUAUUUGCACAAAAUCUUUUCAACCGAAAUAGUUAUUUGAAUCAAUAUGUUAAGGCCAAGGAAUCAAACGCAUUGUGCUCGUUCCACCAACAUGUUACAUAUUUUUCUUCACAACCAGAUAACCAAAAUAAAAGACAACGAAGCCUUCCCUCAUUGAUGCAAUUUCCAGAAAUCGUAUGGCCUUCAUUUGUAAAUACUAUUCGAAACUGGGUCCUCAUUAAUUUCAUCAUUCGACCCUACUUUGAUAAUGAAUUCAAUUUGCAAGACUUUAUUUAUGGAACAAAGCAUGCAGUUCACACAAUAUCAACAAAAUUGGUGAAUUCUAAUUUAACGGAACUAAAGAGCCUUGUAUCUCAAGAAGCAAUUGAUGAAAUAAAACCAAUCAUAGAAAAGUUGUCCGUAUCUCAAAGAAAACAGCUUGAAAUCAAUAAAGAUGACAUUUAUUUAUCCUUCCCAUAUCAGGUGGGCAUAAUGUUUGAUGAAUCAAAUGAAAAGAUACAAAAGCGAUUCGUUGAAAUUACUAUGGUGUUUCACGUUUUGAAAGGUUUCAGGGAAAUGCAAAAGCAAGGCGAGGUUCUCCCUUGGAAUAUGGGGUCACUGCCAGAAUAUGAAGAUAAGGUUUACAUAUGUAAUUAUCGUUUUAUUAAAGAAUUCACUGUUGGAAACGAAACGGACUGGACGGUAAAUGUAAUUAAUCACUUCAAGCCCUUAGACUUGAUGAUCGAUGAAUAAGAAAUAAUUCAUUUUUUAGUUUUUUGAGUUUUAAUUUGUGAAGUGCCUCUACUAAAACAAAAAUGUUUAAAUAAAGAUAUAAUUUUGUUUUAUUACAA